AUGGGUAGGUAGCGUUGCAUCAUAAUUCCCGUUGUAACACGUCAUCUUUGUGGUUCUCGAGAUCGUGCGGAAGGUGCUGGCUGCUGAUAGUUGAGAAACAGUAUUUGUGACUUACUGGUGUGUGCAGGAGUGGAAAAGUUACCCGGCUGAAAGUUACCCCGGCCUAUCUUAUCUGUGUUUGAGGAAGGCCAAGUAGAGAAGAAAUCAUGAGCAUUCACUGGACACUGAUCGCAGGAUUCCUGUAUGCUGAAAUAGCUGCGGUCCUGCUGCUUCUACUGCCCUUUAUUUCCCCUAAGAGAUGGAACAGCUUUUUCAAGUCAGGGUUCCUGCAGGCCCUUGGCAAGCAGUCAUUCUUCUACUUCUGUGUGGUGAUCACUGUACUGGUCCUGUCCUUUCUUGACGCCAUCCGUGAGAUGAAAAAGUACAGCGGCGAGUCGAAGAGCGACGAAACGGCUCACGGCCACCUGGACGUGGAGAUUCAGCACCACAUGCGCCUGUUCCGCGCCCAGCGCAACUUCUACAUCUCCGGCUUCGCGCUCUUUCUGUUCCUGGUGCUGCGCCGUCUGGUGACGCUCGUCUCGCUGCAGGCCUCCCUGGAGGCCUCCAAUGAGGCGGCCAUGCGACAGGCAGCCGGCGCCACCAGCGCCGCCGAGCAGCUGCUCCAGGGCCGGCCGGACGGCCAGACGCCGCAGCUGGACGCGCUGAAGAAGCAGCUGGAGGAGACCGAGCAGGAGCGCGACGAGGCGCUCAAGAAGGCCGAGAUGCUGCAGUGCCAGGCGGAGGCGACGAGUGGCGAGUACGAUCAGCUGCUGGCAGAGCACGAGAAGCUGCAGCGGCAGCUGAACGUCUCGGGCGAUAAGAAGGACGACUGAGCGGCGCCCGACUGUCGCCGGACGGAGAUCGCGCGGUCAGUCAGAGAACCCAGGCCAGGAGCGGCGUGAAGGAGCGUUCGACAUCAACUGCAGGUCUGAGGAAGACCGACGGACAAGUGUCAGAUGAUAUGGAAUUGGAAGAGUCUGCUACUCGGUCUGGACUGGUGUCGAUGACUCUGUUGGUUUGCUGAGUGAUACCCUAUAAGCGCCUCAAGGUCGAGGUCACACCUUUCCGGAGAUGUCAUCCGUGUGUCCCAGGACCUUUCUCCGAGCCGGGCCAGCUGUAAGGUAACGCACGUGAAAGUGCUUGUUUUUCAUACGCGCCCUGAGCUGUGAUGAUAGCCGCAGAAGGCAGUCGUCAGUUGUGGCCGGUUUAACUGUUUGCUGUUAUGAUGCUGCGUGCCGUUGUUUGCCGAGGUGUGCCGAUUUCAUUGAGAUAAGCCGACAUCCUUCAGGAUUCAGACCGUCUGGUUACUUUUUCGCCCGGUACACUUAAGCGCCAACCGGUUUGAUGUUUGUCUUGGCAUUACUCGGCAUUGAAAUUCUCUGCUUAGAACAAGCCUGCCUUUGCGUGGAUUUGGAUCUCUUUGCUGUGAAUGUUUGGCGAUCUUCUUAGAUUUUCGUUUUUUUUUUAAUAAAUUUAGCCACGGAGUGUUCUGAAUGGACAUUUUUUUUUUGUUCGUGUUUGAAUUGCUCUUGUGAAAUGUCUUUCUUUACCUUCAGUACUGUAACUCCCGCUGAACUUAUCGAUCCACCUCAGCGGCCCCAAAGCUCCAGUGACAGGAGCGAAUGCGUCAGAGCGGUUUUCUUAUCCCUUUUCUUACAAUGUGUAACUUCGGAGCUUUCCCCGUCAUACUCGUCAUUGUGUUGCGCGGCGCUUCUAACCAUUGCAGCGUGAUUUGAUACGUGUAACAUGGUAACAGGAAAUAAACAAGUGAAAUUUUCGUGAA